CGCGCUGGCACUCAGAGGUGUUGGCGCCGUGCUGAGGCGUGAGCUCUUCACGACGGUCCCGCGAAGACAUCGACAUAAGAAGAAAUGGCAGUCAUCCUAGAAAUCCCAUAUUCAUUCCUCAAAGUUUUUGUGAGCAUUCCUCGCCUUCUUGGGGUCUGAGAACUCUCCUUAAGUGCCCCUCAGCCUUGUGAAUCUGAGCACUGUGGUGUUAGUCACUGCAUGACCUUAGGCUGCCACAGAGCCCAAGUUUCCUGCCACUCAACUGGCUCUGCAGAAUUUUGACAUGACCUACAGUGUGCAGUUUGGGGAUCUUUGGCCAUCAAUCCGGGUCAGUCUCCUUUCAGAGCAGAAGUAUGGUGCGCUGGUCAAUAACUUUGCUGCCUGGGAUCAUGUGAGUGCUGAGCUGGAGCAGCUGAGUGCCAGGGACUUUGUGAAUGAAACCAUCUCCCAUGGGGAACAAGAGCCUGAGGCAGGUCAGGCUACAGCUCUUUUUCCUUCCUCCUGGGCCUACAGUCCUAACCUUCGAUGCUUCACUUUCGCCAGAGGGGACGUCAGCAGGUUUCCUCCUGCCAGGCUUAGCAGUCUGGGUGUCAUGAACUACUACCUGAUGGAUGCUGCUUCCUUAUUACCUGUCUUGGCCCUUGGCCUGCAGCCUGGUGACACCGUCCUUGACCUCUGUGCAGCCCCUGGAGGAAAGACACUAGCUCUGCUGCAGACUGGCUGUUGCCGCAAUCUUGCUGCCAAUGAUCUCUCCACUUCCCGAACUGGCAGACUGCAGAAGGUCCUUCACAGUUAUGUGCCACAAGAUAUCAGAGAUAGGAAUCGAGUUCGAGUUACUUCAUGGGAUGGCAGAAAGUGGGGAGAACUGGAGGGGGACACCUAUGACCGGGUGCUGGUGGAUGUGCCCUGUACCACAGACCGCCACUCCCUUCAUGAGGAGGAGAACAACAUCUUUCAGAGGUCAAGGAAGAAGGAGCGGCAGAUGUUGCCUAUGCUGCAGGUUCAGCUUCUUGCGGCUGGACUUCUUGCCACCAAACCAGGAGGCCACGUUGUCUAUUCUACCUGUUCACUCUCACACUUACAGAACGAGUAUGUGGUGCAAGGUGCCAUUGAGCUCCUGGCCAAUCAAUACAGCAUCAAGGUUCAGGUUGAAGACCUGACUCACUUCCGAAAGCAUUUUAUGGACACAUUCUCUUUCUUCCCAUCCUGCCAAGUUGGGGAGAUGGUAGUUCCAAAUCUUAUGGCCAAUUUUGGGCCAAUGUACUUUUGCAAAAUGUGUAGGCUAACAUAGCGUCACCCUGUCCUUGAAGCCCUGAUGUAGGGAAGACAGAGGGUGUCCUCCUAUGGAGGUACCAGGAAUUGAUACCAGUGGCAAAGAUGCACUCUGGGUCCUAUCUUCAUCAUUUGCAAAUCUUUCUAUAGACACUGCUUCAGCCAUAGGAAGUAGAUAUUUUCUUGUUCUGCUGUCCACUGUGGAGCAACAGCAGGUUUCUAACUUACUUACUCCCCUCCCCCUAUCUCCAAGCCUGUGCUAACGGGUCCUGGGCCAUUAGGGGCUUAGGAAGAAGAGCCAGUUAGCUGGCCACUGAGCACACUAUAAGCUGUAAAAUUGGGAAGAAGCAUUCAGCUAAUAAAAUUGUCGAAGCUCCAUAGAGCUGGGGCUGUAGUUGGGGGCCUCAUAUCAGUUCAAGUAUUGCUAGCUUCGUUUGUACCAGCUACUACCACAAAACACUAUCUCCAGGUGCCCAAAACUCAGGACUCAGUCUGUGUGCAAAGCCCCUGUCUGGAGGUGAGUUCUGUGUGAUCAGUUUUGUGCAGCUGAUGGGCCCCAACAAGCGUACCUAGUUUCUCCAUAAGACCCAUUGUCUAAGGAACAAGUAACGAAAGCUGUCAAGCCAAUGCAUAAUAAUCUGCUUACUUACGUUGAGAAAGCUCUUGCGCUAAAUAAUUACAGCCAUUCCUCCCGCUGGCAACAGCACUGCCGCCAUGUGGCUGGGGAAGCUGUUUUGCCAUAGGACUGUGUUACUUUUUUGUGUAUUUUUCCCAUUGUUUAUUCCUCUAGCAGGUCUCCCUUGAGUUCCUGCAUGGCAGUUAGCCAGGGAGCUGCUGCAGAGGCAGCAGUUGGGAUUGUGGGAUAUAGUAUGUCCUCUUCAACCUUUGGAAUGGCAGCUCUCCUCCAUUUGCUUUCUGAGCACCUAGGUGUCUCCUGUGUUUUGUUUUGUUGUAGUUUUUCUUUUCACCUUUGUUUCUGUUCUGCUGCCAAGCUCUGGUGCCAGUUCUUUGGCCACUCCCAAACCCUCAUAGCUCUUCCUGGAGUUGUACAGGGCCUCCCCCUACAUAAUGUGUUUGGGGCAAUUACAUCAUUUACUGACUACAUGCUAGUUAUGUUGUUUUGUAACUCCAGCACAAAGAAGGUAAUCCUUUAAUGGCAAGGAUAUUAAAAAGCUCUUACAGUCAGUCACUUGCAGAUACUGCUUUAUUUUAUUAAAAGAUUUUUUUGCAAAAUUGGUUCUUGUGCAGAAAAAGGUAUGUGAUUUUAAAAUACUUGUGUUUUUUCCUCUUUAGUAUCCCUCCCUCUUCUCCUGUCACUCCCUUUGUUCUUUAUGCCCUUUUUGUUAAUCCUUAUUUGGGUAUUAGAGGUGUCAGCUGAGAAGGAUUUUAGAUGAGGUUAAUCUUCUCCUUUCUUAGGAUUUGCAUUAUAAUUGAGGGCCCUAGUACUUACACAUUGCAGACUCAAAAUUGAGUGAACCUAGGAAGGUAGAGCUCUUAGGAAGUAAGAUUCUCAUUGUGCUCCAUGCAUUGUACAUGGUUCCCACCUGCUGUUCUGCAUUUAAUAUUUGCUGAAUCUGGGAGGCUCAGGUGUCUAUCCUUGGCCUCCUGGGUAUCCAGCCUGGUGCUAAUUGAAUGCUAAGCAGUGAUAAUUUAAGAGGAUAGGGUCUCCUGCCCCUGGGGUCCAGCCUAAUUGGCAGACCUAGGUGAGAAAAGCAGAGAACUACUUCUGUAAUUGAACAUUUACCUACCUGCAAUCCAGUUACUACUUACUAGGGAUAAGUCCAAGAGAAACUAAUACAUGUAGACCAGUAGAUAUGUGCAGUCCCGUUCAAAGGCAAACCAAAAUGCCCAUGAGCAAGAGAAUGGACAAAUAAACUGGAAUAUUUGCACAAUGGAAUAUCAUACAGUUC